CACACCCCGACCCUCGGCUGUUCACGGCAGGAUGAGCGCCCUGGUUGCAGCAGCCCCGGCAGCGAUGGCGCCCCGCGCCGCCCACCCGGCUCGGGCGGCCCUGCGGUCGCCCUGCCGUAGCGCCUUUGUGGCCAGGAUCCAGCACCGGCGGCCAGCAGUGCGGUCGGCGCGCGUGUACGCAGCAGAUGCCAACGUCAAGGCUGCAGGCGCGGGCCCCGUCACCGACUCUACUUGGGAGGAGCUGGUCCUCAAGUCGCCUGUCCCUGUGCUGGUCGACUUCUGGGCGCCCUGGUGCGGCCCCUGCCGCAUGAUUGCGCCGCUGGUGGACGAGAUUGCGGCUGAGUACGGCGACAAGCUGCGCACGCUCAAGCUGAACACGGACGAGAGCCCCAACGUGGCCACCGAGUACGGAAUCCGCAGCAUCCCCACCGUCAUGGUGUUCAAGAACGGCCAGAAGAUGGAUGCGGUGAUCGGGGCGGUGCCCAAGGGCACGCUGGUGCAGACUGUGGAGAAGUACAUGGACUGAGGGGGGCGGUACGCUGCGGUACGCUGAGCUGGCGACGAGCUGGCGGCGGCGCUGGAAGGCAGCGUUGAAAAGCCGUGCAGCUGGCGGCGGCGCUGGCCCGGGCUGGGCGUGUGUUGGGGCCGAGCUUGUGUCGGGGCUGGGCUGGAACUGGUCCGUACGCACACGGCACGGCACGGCCCCCGACACGGCCCGCGCCUCGUCAGCCCGGCCCGGCAGCCGCCUUGCGACGUCUGCGAUUUUUUGUACCACCACCCCCCCUGCCUUCCACCCUCCGCCCUUACACCAGGGGCAUGCACAGCUGGCACUGCCCACCUUGCCUUCCUGCCUCUCCCAUUCAUUUGUUGGUUCCCACCUGCCGCCACUUGACCUGAUGAAACACAGCCGAAUUUCGUGGCUGCCGCCCAGCCCGCCCCGCGCCCAGCGGGAGCAAGGGCCGACGCGCGUUCGCCACUUCUUUUUUCCUCCCCAUUUUGCACCCGCCCUAGCGGCAGCAGCCGCCCGGCGCCAGUGGAGAUGCAGUAUUUGAGCGAGGAGCGGUAAUCAGCCUGCCUUCCGUCCGUCCUUGCCUCCCCUGCCACCGCACCCGUCCAGUCCCACGUCCAUACAAGUGUGUCCGUCCCUGUGUGCCGCCGUCCCCGCCUGCCUCCCCACCACCACCACCCCUCCUGCCGGGCUGGCCACGCCAUUGUGCCUGGCCCUCCGUUUAAUAUCGUCAGUGUGGC